AUGUCUUCAGCGAUGGACACCGACGCUACGCAAGUGGUGGACAACGCGACGGACAGUACAGAAGAUAAUACGACAGAUAAUACCGCAGACAAUGGUGUUGUCAAUAACGCUGACAUUAAGGAGGAGUCGCCCGAAGACGACAAUAUCAUUGGCGACGACGAAGUGGUCGAUGAAGUCAUUGAUGGCAACAAUGGCACCGAUGGCGCGGCCGAUGUUAAUGACAAUCCCGAUGGCGCAGAUGGAGAUGCGGUCGAUGAGGAGGUGCUACUCAUGGAAACUGAUUGCAAAGACAUUACCGCACAGAGCAAUGAUGCCACGAAUGGCGAUACCAUCGAUGAUACCGGCGAUGGCAAUGUGGAUGAGAGUGGCGGUGACGGCGAUGGCGAUGGCAUUAGCGCACAGCUCGACGACAAUGAGCUGAGAACCGCUGGACUUAAGACAUCUCUAAUGCUGUCGGAGGAGAAGAUCGACGGCUUGAACGCUAAGGUCUCGGAGUUGGAGUCGGAGCUCAAGAAAGUGUAUCAACACUUAAUCACAUCCAUGGACGACAAGAAGAAACUGGAGGCCAAGUGCGCGACACUUCAGGAACAGUUGGAUCGCGUGAUGUCGAAGAAGGCGGGCGCCGCCAUCAGUCAACUCCAGUCACCGCAACAGCAGCGCCAACACCAGCAACAGUCGCCCCCCAAAAGACCCGCACAAUCGGUGGCCCAGAAGAGAGCCGCCGCUGCCAUUAAACAGUCGACGCGUGUGUUCAACAACAACAACGCGAAGACCAGAGCCACGGAUCGGUUCGCGGGGAACGCCCGACCCUAUGAGGUGUCGGCCAUGAGAUACACAACAUUCGGCGACCCGUACCGCACGCCAGUGGCAGUGCCGGUGCCCUCCAUAUCCAACGCCUCUCGUCAGCCGUACGGCUACAGCAUGUCGGGCCCAAUGAUGGCUAACCCCAAGUCUGGGCCUCUCGUCAGCAGCGGACACGAGGAGAUUGAAGAGUUGUCGGCGCGACUACAGGUGCCGCCACACGUGGCCGAUAAGGCUCACCAACUCUAUGAGGACUUUUACGACAGCGUACAGGCGAUGGCCAUCGGCGUCUACUCAUCAGCGAAGACCUGCGCCCAGAAUCUGCUGUUCUGUAACACAAACCACGGAAACCUCACGCCAUUGAUUGACCAGUACUUCGAUAACAUUGUCGGCGUUAAAGAAGAUCCCAAGAGCUAUGAGACGAUCUGCAGACGGAUUAGCGCCGACCCCAAGAGUGUGCUCUACAUCACAGACAAGGCCUCCGAGGCUAACUGCGCGAAGACGGCCGGCCUGACAGCUGUGAUGAUUAAACGACCCAAUAAUAGGCCGCAAUCGGCCAUCGAGGGCGUGCAGACCAUCUCGUCGUUCAAAGACAUUAAAUUCAAUUAA